GCUGGGAUUGUGUGGCGCUGGUCGAGCCGCUAACUCUUCUUUGAACGGCAGGCGAAAUAUUUCCCUUCGCACUCUCUCUCUUCGAGUCGCCGCGCAUGGCCGCGCCAAAACCACAUCCUGCUCGUUCGACUUCAUUUCACGAUUCCGAGAAGAUGGAGACCGCCACCAGCUGGGACGCCCUUGAAUGGACGAAGAUCGAGCCCGUUUCGAGGUCUGUUUCUCGACGAAAUUUGAAAUUCUUGCUUGAAGCUGAAGAGGUCAUAGUCGAGGGACAUGGUGUCGUUCUUGUUAACACUGAUGAGGCUGGUACUUUGUUUGUAACCAAUUUUCGUUUGCUUUUCUUGAGUGAGGGCACUAGGAAUAUCAUUGCACUUGGCACAAUACCAUUGGCGACAAUUGAGAAGUUUGUCAAACAAGUUAUGAAAGUUCCACCUGCUCCUCGUCAAUUGGACAAGUCUCCUUCGCGAAGACUUCUCCAAGUCAUUGGCAAAGAUAUGAGAAUUAUUGUCUUUGGUUUUCGCCCUAGAACAAAGCAGAGACGUGCAGUAUAUGAUGCAUUAAUGAGGUGUACAAGGCCUGCAAACAUUUGGGAUCUAUAUGCUUUUACUUGUGGUCCUUCUAAAUUUGCUAACACCAACCCGAAGGUGCGAUUACUGAAUGAGUAUUUUCGGCUUCUUGGGAAAGGAUCCUAUCAUGCUUCAAUUAGUACCAUUGAAGAUGGAUCGUUCACAUUGUUUAAUGAGUUCUGGAGAAUAACUGAUGUGAACUCUAACUAUACAAUGUGCCCGACUUAUCCAUUUGCCUUGAUAGUUCCCAAAAGCAUCAGUGAUGAAGAAGUAUUACAGGCUUCCACCUUCCGUGCAAGGUGUCGAUUGCCUGUAGUUUCAUGGUGUCAUCCAGGAACUGGAGCAGUUCUUGCACGCUCAUCCCAACCCUUAGUUGGUCUUAUGAUGAAUAUGAGGAGCAAUGCUGAUGAAAAGCUCGUUGCUGCCCUCUGCACUCAACUUUCUGGUCCAAGGGGGGCACGGAGGAAGCUAUAUAUUGCUGAUGCAAGACCCAGAAAAAAUGCUUUAGCUAAUGGCGCAAUGGGAGGUGGUUCAGAGUCAUCUUCUCAUUAUUUUCAAUCUGAGAUCGUUUUCUUUGGGAUAGAUAAUAUACAUGCAAUGAGGGAGAGUCUUGCUCGUCUAAGAGACUACCUAGAUACUCAUGGUGCUACAUCAUCAGAUGGAAUGUCUUCAUUUCUGAGACAUGGUGGAUGGACUUGGGGUGGGGGCAAUCUCAGCAGUAUGUCAGCUUCAGUAUCAACGCUUGGGGACAGUGGUUGGUUAAUACAUGUCCAGACAAUCUUGGCUGGAUCUGCUUGGAUUGCUGCUCAUGUUGCAUUGGAAUCAGCAUCAGUGCUUGUUCAUUGCAGUGAUGGGUGGGAUCGAACAACUCAGUUGGUCUCACUUGCUAGUUUACUGCUUGAUCCAUACUAUCGAACAAUUAAAGGGUUUCAGGCACUUGUGGAGAAAGACUGGCUUGCUUUUGGCCAUCCAUUUGCUGAUCGCAUGGGAAUGCCUGCUGCAGCUGGAAGUGGAAACAUGCCCUUUGAAUUAUCUAGGCAAUCUUCAGGUGGGAACUUCCCAUCCUCACCUAUGCGCCAGCCAUCAGGAUCAUUCACUUCUCAAGCUCCUCCUCCGCACGCGCAGACUUCAAACAACUAUUCUCCAAUAUUUUUGCAGUGGGUUGAUUGUGUUUCACAAUUGUUACGGAUAUAUCCUUUUGAUUUUGAGUUUUCCUCGGCUUUUCUUGUAGAUUUGUUGGACUGUGUGCUAUCGUGUCGCUUUGGGAACUUCUUAUGCAAUGGUGAGAAGGAACGGCAGCAAUCUGGUGUUUCUGAUGCUUGUGGAUGCAUGUGGGCAUAUUUAGCUGAUUUGCGUGCUUUGGAAAGAGAUUCUCAUGUGCACUACAACCUAUUUUAUGAUCCACUGAAACAUGAAGGUCCGCUAUUGCCUCGAGCUGCAGCUUUAGCUCCUACUCUUUCACCCCAAUUCCAUCUUCGGUGGGCCUGCCCAUCAGAAGCCCAAGCUGGGGAGCUUGAAUCUCAUUGUAGAAACAUGGCUCAAAAAUUUUCUCAGCUGCUGAAGGAAAAAGAAAUGGCAGAAAAGAAAGCAAAGGAAGUUACCAAAGCCAUGGAAUCAUUAGCUGUAGAGUUACAUAAUGAAAAGCAGCUCAGCAAUUCAGCCAUGAACUUGGCCAAGAGAGCCAGCAAAGAAAGUGUAGCCAUUCAGCGGGCUAUACAGUCCUUCGGGUGCAAGGUGGAGUUUUCUGACACUGGUGAUUGUACUGUUGACAUUGAAAGCAACUUGACGGGCAUUCCACCAAAAAUUAUGUGUUCUGCUUCAAAAAGAGAAACAGAUGGUACAUUGCAGCGUGACAAGAAGUCUGAUCUCUCUGUUUCCAUUACUGUUAUGUCAAAUGAAUCUAUUUCCAGCAAUCCAAUCAAUCGGGUAUGUGAAACUCUAUGCCCAUUACGCACUCGGGAUGGAGGCUGCGGAUGGCCAGAUGCUGGCUGUGCUCAGCUUGGAAGCCAAUUUGUUGGACUGAAGGCCAACUUUGAUGUAUUUGAUCAACUUUCUAUUUAUGAUGGUUACUUUCAACCCGAGUAGUCUUGUCCUUGAGCUAACCUUAUGAGGUUUUGGCAUUAAAUUUUAACUGAAGUCUCCAGUUAAGGAUCUUCCCCAAGUGAAGGGUCAAAUGGGGUUUUGUUAGAGAGUUUGCACCUCUCUAUGGAAUGAAACAGGAGGAUGAUGAAUGCAGUAGACCCUACCUUUUUCAGAAGGGUCUCAAGGUUUGUACAGAAAAUAGAGUUACCUGUGGAGCAUCUCAUUUUAGGCAUUGAGGGAACAAACAUCUCAUUUUAGGCAUUGAGGGAACAAAAUAAGUUGACACGAAAUAAUCAUUCAGGCUGUGCUGCAACUUGUGUACAUUUGUUGCAAAUAGCUUAUUCCAUUGUCAUCAUGUCGCAAAUAAGGAUGAAUUUGUACAGAUUCUAUACCAUUUGGUUUUAUACACAUUUUCAAGUAACAUUAAUAAAGCAAGGAUUUGUGUUUCUCAACA